UGCGCAGAAAGCUGUGGGGGGAAAAAAAGUGCGUGUGUAAGCAGAACUGAGAAAGUUCAUAGAGCCGAGUUGCAGGAUGUCCCGUUGAGGAGAAAAGAAAAUCCUGCAGAGCUGCAGAAGCAACACAAGCCGAGGGGGGAAGAGAAGUGCAGCUCAGGACCAACAGCAUUCACCAAACUCUAGACAUCGGUAAACUCGGAGGAAAUGGCCUCUCCGACGGUAUUUAGCUGUCGUCGGAUUGUUUUCAAACUGUUUGUGGUGCAGUUCAUUGCCUUUCAAGCCAAUGCUGCCCCCGUCGUCCAUCAGUUUCCCGGAGACGAUUCUCCACAAACAGACAAAGAAGUUGCUCUGCACUAUCUGAAUAAGUUUUAUGGAUGCCCGGAAGACAGAUGUAACCUUAUGGUGCUCAAGGACACCUUGAAGAAAAUGCAAAAGUUCUUCUCUCUGCAAGAAACUGGAGAGAUUGAUGCCCAAACUGUGGAAAUCAUGAAAAAGCCCCGCUGUGGCGUCCCAGAUGUGGCCAAUUACAAAUUCUUCCACAGGAAACCCAUCUGGCAGAAGAAAGACAUCACAUACAGAAUCCUCGGGUAUACCCCCGACCUGGAUGAGGAAGUCAUCAACGAUGCCUUCUUCAGAGCCUUCAAAGUAUGGAGCGACGUCACGCCACUCACAAUCACCCGCAUCAUGGAUGGAGAGGCCGACAUCAUGAUUAAUUUUGGCCGCAACGAGCACGGAGACGGUUACCCCUUCGAUGGCAAAGAUGGCCUCCUGGCUCACGCCUUUGCUCCAGGGCCCGGGAUCGGGGGAGACUCCCACUUUGAUGAUGAUGAGCAGUGGACGCUGGGAGAUGGCCAAGUGGUGAAGGUGAAGUACGGCAACGCUGAUGGGGAGUUCUGUAAAUUCCCCUUCUUGUUCGAGGGCAAGGAGUACAACAGCUGUACACCUCAGGGCCGGGACGACGGCUUCCUGUGGUGCUCCACGAGCUACAACUUCGACGAAGACGGCAAAUAUGGUUUCUGCCCCCAUGAAUUACUAUUCACCAUUGCUGGAAACGCAGGAGGCGCCGCAUGCAAAUUCCCCUUCACCUUUCAGGGAGAGACGUACGACGCAUGCACCACUCAGGGCAGAGACGAUGGGUACCGCUGGUGUGCCACCAGUGAGAACUACGACCAGGACAAAACCUAUGGAUUCUGCCCCGAAACCGCCAUGUCGACUGUGGGAGGAAAUGCACAGGGAAGCCCCUGUGUUUUCCCCUUCACCUUCUUGGGGGACACCUACGAGGCCUGUACCACAUCUGGACGCAGCGAUGGCAAGAUGUGGUGCGCUACCACCAAGAGCUAUGACGAUGACACCAAAUGGGGUUUCUGUCCAGACCAAGGUUACAGUUUGUUCCUGGUGGCAGCCCAUGAGUUUGGUCAUGCCCUUGGCUUGGAGCACUCUGAGGACCCUGGAGCAUUGAUGGCCCCCAUUUACACUUUCACUAAAGACUUUAGGCUUCCAAAUGAUGACAUCAAAGGCAUCCAGGAGCUCUACGGUGUGCCAACGGACAAACCCUACCCUCCCACCCAGGGUCCGGUUACUCCAAUGGACAUCUGUAAAGACACAGUUGUGUUUGAUGCUGUAGCGCAGAUUAGGGGAGAGACAUUCUUCUUCAAGGACAGGUUCCUGUUCAGGUCAGUCAACUUCCGAAGCAAGCCCAACGGCCCCAUGCUGGUAGCCACCUACUGGCCAGACCUACCCACCAAGAUAGAUGCUGCCUAUGAAAACCCAGUGGAGGAAACAUCUGUCUUCUUCUCAGGCAACGAGAUGUGGGUCUACAAAGCAGAUGUGUUGGAGAAAGGCUACCCCAGGAGGCUGUCCAGCCUGGAACUCCCCUCUGAUGUGCAGCAAAUCGACGCAGCCUUCAACUUUAGGAAGAACAGGAAGACCUACUUCUUUGCUGGCGACAAAUUCUGGAGAUACGAUGAAGAUAAGAAGAAGAUGGACCCUGGCUUCCCCAAACUUAUUGCAGAUUCCUGGAAUGGCAUCCCAGAUGGCAUAGACGCUUCCUUCAGUCUCAAUGGCAUUGAUUACAGCUACUUCUUCAAAGACAACCACUAUUUCAAACUGGAAGACAGCAGCUUGAAGAUCGUCAAGUUGGGUGAAAUCAAAAAGGACUGGCUCGGUUGUUGAGCUUUUUUGGAAAACCUCUCGCGUCUGGCCAAUUCCCGUUCUGAUAUCUGACCUCACGAGGACGUGGCCAUAGUACCGCGCACAAGCCGAGGGUGCCGCAGUGCACACUGUUGUAAGCUUUUAUCCUGUCAGGGAGACAUGUCCCUUCCAGACUGUAUAACCAGCCUCCAGCUUUGUAGUGAGGCACCUUGGGACUUCCUUCCCAGGCUCAACAUAUGAACUGGAUAUUUUGCUAUAUUACUAUGGGAUAGUGACAUUUCAUUUAUUGUGUUGAGGCAAAUUUAUUUCAACACGUAUCGCUUUUAACUCAGACAUCAGGUAUGUCAACACUGCAUUGAACGCAGGGCUAUACUGGGCGAUGUGAUAUUGCCAUUUUAUGCAAAUUGGAUUCUGAACGGCUGUUUUACACCGUGUGAAGUAUUCGUGUUGACUUGGAAUUACUUCUAUGUCCAGUGUAUAAGUGCAGUUUAGUAAAUCACUUUUAAUUUUCAUUGUUGUGCAAUACAUUUGACAAUAUCAAUUUGCACGAUGUGUUUGACCGAAAAUGGUGCUUUAGAGAUUGCUUUUUGAUUAUAGUCCUAUCUUCAUACAGUAUAAUGUAUAUAUAUAUAUAUAUAUA